AUGCCCGCCCAGAUGCCAUCAAUGGUUCCUCCGAUUGUACCCUUAACACAAGCUGCAGGUCAGCAAGUGGUGUUGAACAUGCCUGGAACCAGUCAGCAUCAAACUAUUUUACUGGCAAUGCCUCAACAUCCAGUGCAGGGAACCAACUUGCCACAGUCUGCCACUAUUCCGGGAACCAGUCUAAAAUCUGAUUUCAGGGGAGGUAAUCAGCUGGACAAAAUCAAUUCCACUGAUGGUUUAAAAUCAGAAAAUGUGUCUAAAGAAGAAAAGAAAGCAGAUAUAGUAUUCACUCUUGGGUCAAGCACACUUAGUGCAGAAGAACAACUGAAGAAAUUUGUUAGUUCAAAUCAAGCUCCACGAAAUCAGGCCUACUAUGUUGUUGUAAAUAAAGGGGAGACAAAUGAGAGGGCAUUCUUUAUUGAACCAAACAAAAAAGGAAAAUCUAAACCCAACACUGAAAAGAAAAUUGAAGCAGAGAAAAUUGAUGACAGACUAGUUAAAACACUAGAUCCAGUCAAAACAGAGCAGGACAAAAAACCAGUCAAGGUAGAACAGGAAGUGGUAGUGCCUGAUUCUUCUACAGGAGAUCCAGAACCUCAGAACAAGUUCCUAAAAUUUUGCCAGCUUCCAAAAACCCCAGCUAAAGUUCCAGUGGCAGCUGUUACACCUCAGAGACAAUCUGAACAGGAAAUCAAAACAGAAACUGUUGAUUCUGUGAAAGAAGAACAAGGUUAUCUUCCCCAGAAUAUGUCAAAAACUUCACACAAUCCUCAAACUACAUCAACCACUAGACAGGUUACAGCCUACAUGUACAUCACCUGUACUCUUUGAAGAUGGCCAGCAGAUGGACCAGCUCCUGACAGUAUAGAUAAAACAAAUAACCUUGCUCAUUUAGAUAAAGAACAGAGCAUGAAGAAAGAAACCGAUUUUCAAGAAAAGAAAUUCACUUUCUACAAAAACGCUUAAAUCUGAGAUUGAGGACUGUAAAGGAACAUCAAAAGAUGGAGAUAGUAAUAUUGAUGAAGUAAAUGAUGAUAAAGACAAUGCUGACGAUUUUAAAGAAGAGAGUAAAGAAGGAAGAAAAAUUA